UAGCCCUGGGAUGGGCAGUGAGCGCGGUAGUGGCAGCGGUCGGAGAAGUUGAGGGGCUCGUUAAAGAUGGCGGAGCUGCGGGAGGGGGUGAAGUACACCAUGUCCCGCGAGCAGAGGGCACCCCGUAUCUCGGUGCUGCCCAUCAGAAUGACCGAAUCCGCGAUGCGAGCUCUGGAGGAGUACCGGAGCGGCAAGGAUUGUGUUUCUUCUCAGCCUUCAAUUCAGUUUCAAGGAUCCCAAGGGCUUAUUAAAAUUCCCAAAGUUGAUCAGUCAAAUGAAAUGAAUACAUUUAACUUCUUAGUGUCAAAUAUUGGCAAAGAUAACUCUCAGGGAAGCUUUGACCUGUUCCAGCAAAAGGCCUCAGGUUCUGGACUCUCCCAACUCAGUUGCCUGGGAAGUAUACAGAAUAAAAUUACAGUAUGUGCAACAAGUGAUUCCCAUGUGAAGACCAGAGAGCGCAUGGCCCAGGCGGAAGCGGAGGCACGCAGUCGAAGUGCAAAGUUUAUUAAACCUGGUGGACCAUUUUUAGGAAGAAGACUACCAGUUAAAAGAGGACCAGAAGGCAUUCCAGAUUUUGUGCCUGUCAGGAAGAGAUCAACUCCUAUGAACCCUGCAAACAUGAUACGGAAAACUCGCACAGUAACUGCUGUUUCUCAGCGACCAUACAGGGACAGGGUGAUUCACUUACUGGCACUGAAGAAUUACAAGAAACCAGAGUUACUUGCUCGCUUGCAGAAAGAUGGUGUAAACCAAAAGGACAAGAAUUCCCUCGGAAUUAUCCUGCAGCAGGUAGCCAACCUGAACCCAAAGGAUAAUACUUUCUCUCUGAAGGGUUAUUUAUUUAAAGAAAUUCAGAAAGAUUGGCCUGGAUACAGUGAAAUAGAUAAACAGUCAUUGGAGUUAAUACUUUCUAGAAAAUUAAAUCCAUCUGAGAAUGCCACCAGCACCAGCAAUUCAGAGUCUUCUGUAACUUCUAACACAUCUGCUCCAUCAACUUCUCAGAAACCACUUUUGAGUUACAAAUUUUUUGAUCCUCUGAUAAACGAGAUGCAGAGGGUAUCUCACCUGAACAGUCAAGUCCAGCCAGCAUGCAGUGGCCACUUGCAGGCCUCCAGUGAGAAAGCCGCUACUGCCCAUCCACUGCUUAUAACCCCUGCAGCCACCACUCCUCCUCCUCCUCAGCCACUGCUUUCCACUUACAACCUUCCUCAGACCAUCAGCUCCAGCUCCCCCAGCACCUCUGAUGGUCGGGGGACAAACAACUUGCUGGUGGACAGCUUCAGCCAAAAUUACAGUAGCAUCUGUGAGAACCAGCAACAAAAAUACACCUCUCAGACUCCUUUGGGUACCCAAGCACCAGCUGUGGUGCGGGUGAAGUCUCUCAAGUCUGCAAGAGAGAAGUAUGCGAUUUGGUACCAAAAUCCUGAAAAAGUAAAAAAACAGAAGGACAAAAGCAAAAUGCAGGACACUGGGAGUGUGAGCAAGAAGGAGAAAGACAUUAGAAAAGAAGAAACUGUCAAGCUGGAAGAAUCCUUCUGUUUGGAUUCAGGAGUUCAAGAAACUCUCACUGCCUCCACAUAUCCUCCUUUCCCGACAACUGAACAACCAGACUACUUAACGAAAUACACAGCUAUCAUCUCAAAAGAGCAAUGCGAGAGUUACAAGGAAGACUUCUAUGCAGAGUAUGGUGAAUACAGGAUUUUGCAUGCUUGGAUAGAGAGUAUCACUAAGAGAUUCAUGAGGUUUGAUGAACAACAGAAACACCUUCCUCCAGGGUCCAAAAAAUAUCAGGUACUUCAUGAAGAAGUUAUAGAAGAGUACCAGGCAUUAGCACAGUCUCAUCCCAGCUACCAUGAACAGAAGAGGAGAUGCGAGUAUCUCCACAGCAAGCUGUCUCAUAUUAAGAGACUGAUUGUGGAAUUUGAUGAACUCAAGCCUAAUGAUGACAACUAGUCUUCUGCUUUGAUCAGGACAUGUGAAUGAACCAAAGCUUAUUUAUGUAAAAUCU